GGUUUGACAUGAUUAACAGGAAAUGCACCAAUAGAAUGUAAGCCAAUGACAGACCGCAAGCACAUUCCGUUCAGUGCGUCAACGGGGAGGGUGGAUACAUGUUUUAAAAAUCAUGCGAAAUGUCUUGAGUUCAGCACGCAAAUUCUUCAGAUGCCACCAAAAAGUGAACAAGCAUACACCGAUCCAGAGCUCAAUCAGUAAUGAACCCAUUUUGGAGCAUGUCGACAAACGCUGGUCGUAAGAGAUCUGACGGUGAGGAGCAGGGUGGACCAACGGAGCAGAGAUACAGUCCAGCUCGUUCUCCAUUUGGUAAAAAACAGCUUCCCUCCAUCCCAAAGACUGUCAUCCCGAUCACUAAAGCCGCCUCGCCGGCCUCCUCUACACAGUCUGCCAAUGGCACACAUGCCUCGUAUGGCCCUUUCUAUCUGGAGUACUCGCUGCUUGCAGAAUUCACAUUGGUGAUCAAGCAGAAGCUCCCUGGCAUCUACGUUCAGCCUUCAUACAGAUCAGCACUAAUGUGGUUUGGUGUGAUUUUCAUCCGACAUGGCUUGUACCAAGAUGGUGUGUUUAAGUUCACCGUCUACAUUCCUGAUAACUACCCAGAUGGAGACUGUCCUAGGGUCAUUUUUGACACCCCGGUUUUCCACCCCCUAGUGGACCCGGUCUCUGGCGAGCUGGAUGUGAGAAGAGCUUUCACCAAAUGGAGGCGAAACCAUAACCAUAUCUGGCAGGUCCUUAUGUACGCCCGCACAAUCUUCUAUAAGAUCAACACCAUGGAUCCGCUCAACCCAGAGGCUGCAGUCCUGUAUGACAAAGACAUCCAGCUCUUCAAAAGCAAAGUGGUAGACUGUGUCAAGCUAUGCAAUAGUCACCUGUUUGAUCAGCCCAAGUUUGAUGAUCCUUACGCAAUAAGCUUCUCUCCGUGGAAUCCAGCAGUGCAUGAAGAGGCCAAAGAGAAGAUGUUUGCACAUAAAGUGAGUGUGUGACGCUCUCCUGACUGCUCCCCACAAUCAACGGCGGCCGGAGGAUUAUAGCAAAGCACUGCCAGUGUCUGGGCUGUCCUGGGUGAAGCCUGGUUCCACUCAGCCUUUCAGCAAAGAGGACAACCCCCUUCAGACGUGAACCUUCAACGCUGUCUGUCCAGCAGGAGGGGCACUAGGCUACUGUGGCUCCAACGAACCACAAAUAUAGAAUUUAUGCAGUUCUAUGAACUUUAUCUUUAUUCGGAAAACCCUCGCUCAUCUUUAAAUGAAAACUGCUAUAAUGUUCCCAGUAUAGAUCUAAAGACCCCACUCGUUCAUUUCAGUGCUGAGGUUUGAACGCUCAGGCGGAGAGAUUAUUCUAGUCAGUAGUUACUUGCACAUGUUAAUGUUUUCAGGCACAACAAACCACCUCACUUAUUUGUGUUGGUCUUUCUUUUCUAAUUGACAAACUUGGUUUUCUCACUAAUAAUUUGACAUAUUUAAUACAUUUUCCCUUUAUUUUCCUUUCCCUACAAAACUUGGUUAUAUUUGCAGACUGGGACAGAGCGCUGUUUUUUGUGUCUUGAUGUAUUUGGGUUGAGAAUUUUUUUUUUUUUAAUAUAUAAAAUCCUGUGUAUGAUGUGGUUUUAAUGUAAAAUACAGAGCAAGACAAAAACUA